UUCCUGUCGUCAUUCAUUGGCCUUAGUGCCAGUUGACAUCCGAUACGCGAGCCACCUGUGGGAUUGUCGAGCACUGUAUAUGGCGGAGCACCUCUCCCCGGUCUUUUCGCUCCCUCCGGAACUCCUCUCGGAAUGUUUCCAUUUUUGCGCACUGGCCGGGACGUCAAAUCCAGAAUCAAGCUCAUCCAACUACGCAUGGAUAGCGAUAUCGCAUGUUUGUCACCACUGGCGCACUGUCGCGUUGAGCACUGUCAGGCUAUGGAGCAGAGUAAUCCUGAGCUCACAGCGAGAGUGGAUGUCUGAGCUCCUGCGACGGUCAGGGCAAACUCCCCUGGACAUAUUUGCGGCGUUUCCGUCAACAUAUGCAUCCGCUCAACACCGCGCCGACUGGAUGGCGUCUUUUCAAGUCGUGCUCGGGGAGAUCGCUCGUAUUCAUGCCUUGGUCUUCAAAAGCUUGCUUAGGCUCGAUUACCAAGUACUCGAGAUGCUGAACAGUCCUGCGCCUCUUCUCCAGGACUUGAGCCUAUAUCAGGUGGAUUUUGGUGCACUGGACGCUCCAGAAGAUGGGCCACUGCAUACGGAUCUUGUAUCCCCAUUUCGAGAUACUCCGCGUCUACAGUCAUUAACCCUUGUUCAAUGUCAUAUCCCUUCGUUCGGUCUUGACGUCAAUUCGCUGAAGAGCCUCACAAUCAUCGGUUUUCCCUGGGGCGGAGUUUCAAGGGCACUCAGCAUGCAAGCACUCAUCACGACCUUGCGGUCGACUCCAUUGCUAGGAUCCCUCGUCAUGAAGAAUGCUACGCUUCCUACGUCGAGCACCUCAAUUGUUCCAUUGCCUAGUCCCGCAGUCACACUUCCUCAGUUGACCACCGCCUUGCUAUACGGUUGCAGCACGGAUAUCGUACGACUCCUCGACCACUUGCGGCUCCCUGCAUUGAAAACUCUCUACCUCGCCCUCGAAGCACCCUUGGUAGAGCCGCCGGAAAGGCUUGCCUCAUCUAUCGCGAGGACGAUACAGUCCUUCGGUCAGCUGUCCAGUCUUUGUAUCGACGGCGAGGUAUAUGAAGAAUUCUCGCUCAGGGGAUCCGUUAAGCCGCUCACAGGAGCCCGCCAGUCUUCUGUUGCGACACACUUCUUCAAACUCAGGGUUUCGAGUAACCGGUGCCGCCGAGUCCUCACUGCUUUCAUCGAACAUAUGGUCUUCAAUAGCGUGCGCAAUCUGGCGAUCACAUCCGUCUGCCGCAAAAGAGUCUGGAUGACGAUUCUCCGACAAUGCCGGAAUGUCUUUGAGCUCUCCGUGCGGGGAAAGAGAGCAACCCACAUCCUCCAACAGAUGCUUCAGGACCCCACUAUGGACGCAGAUGGGGAAUCGAGUGAACAGUCGGCUUCCCUUCCCUUCCCACGUUUACGAUCACUCUCGUUGGACGGCUUGCGCGAGCGAGACUUCUCGACCGAUGUGCCGAUCGCGAAUCCCUUCGUGCAGUUCUGGAUGGAGAGGCUCAAUGAGCGCCGCGGACGCGACGACGACAGCCUGGUCGUCGUUCAGCAGAUAGCCACCCACGCGACCAUACCCAACGCCUUGCGAAGUCUCCACAUUGCAUUGGUACCGAAGGAUGCGUGCGAGAGUGCCUGACCACACCGUCACGUUUCACCAAGGCCCUCUCCCUUUGACUGAGGGACGCCUACGACAUCCGUGCAUUUCUACGGACUACACAUACACCCACGCCUACGUGAUCGCUCGAUAUCGCGCCCUGGACGGCUACUCUCAAUCCUGGCUGAUAUCACUCUUCCCUGAACCCCUGCGUGUCAUGGGAUGCUCAGUGUCGUCGCUGCUUCCCGGUGUCGUGGACAUAUGGUCACCCUAUGUCCCGCGUGCACCCAUCCCAACCGACCUGCCCAAAAUAUCCGCCCUCACGCAUCGGGGUCUGCAGGAGUCGCCCAUCGUCCUGCGGCCUCUAAGUAU